UGUGCGGUCCUCACAGCCCUCUGUUGUAGCACCAAAGGGAGGAGGAGCCACCGCACACACACACACACACACACACACACCAGACACUCACACAGACAUACACACUCUCACAUCUCACAUCAUCUCUUCUGCACACUCACUGUAAGCACCAGCCAGGCCCGUUUGGAGAAGGGGAGCCCAGCCGUCUCGUCGCCCAAGAUGGAUGUACUGAUGAAGGGGUUCUCUAUGGCCAAGGAUGGUGUGGUGGCCGCCGCAGAGAAGACCAAAGCUGGCAUGGAGGAGGCAGCUGCCAAGACCAAGGAAGGGGUGAUGUAUGUAGGCAAUAAGACAAAGGAGGGAGUUGUGUCAUCAGUAAACACAGUGGCCAACAGGACCGUAGAUCAGACCAACAUCGUUGGAGACGCAGCGGCGGCCGGGGCCAACGAAGCGUCACAGGCGAGCGGGGAGGGGGUCGAGAACGUCGGCGCGUCGACUGGGAUGAUCAACCAGGAGGAGCCUGUAUACGAGGGAGAAUAUGGAGGAAUGGAGCAGGGUGGGGAUGGAGGAGAGGGGUAUUAGUCGUCUUCAGGACCUCCCCUCCCGUGCUCUCCAGUGGUUCCUCGCUCCCCUCGCCUCGCUGUACCAGACUCCAGAUGUUCAACAUAUUUUUUUGUGACUUUACAGAACCAAAAUCAACUAAAACAGACUCUUCCGGAUGCCACACCUCAGCACCUGUCUCCCCCUCUGCCUCCCCCCAGCAGCAGCCCUCUGCCACCUGUUCUCACCCCGUCUACCUCCCUUCUGAUUUUCUGCAGCCUGUAGCUUUUCCUCCACCGCCGUCUUACCCUCGCCAAGCCUGUGUGUUAGUGUCGUCCUGAUAUGAACCCUGGUGUUGUUACAGUCCCCCACGCCUACCAACCAAUAGGGAAACCUCACGCACAAACACACAUGUACACACAAACAAAAAGAAAUACCUUUAUUCCACACAUGCAUGAAACACACACAUACAGUACAUACCACAAAUGCCAGCACAGACACACACACACUGGGCAAACAUGUUAACUAGAGGACUUUUUUUGGGUGUGUAAGGUAUGCCUAUGCACUCCACAACAAUAGCUCACUGAGUGACUGAGGCAGGGUAUGAGAGGGUGUGUGAUCUGCUGUUUGUGUGUGUGUGUGUGUGUGUGCAUGCGUGGCUGCUGGUGUAUAAAAUAUAUCAACCAGGGGCUUGUGCAGAGAAUCGUGCAUUGAUGACAGAUAUCAUUCUGUUUUGUGUGUGCAGUAGUUAGAUAGCUACAGUAGACUGCAUGAACAGAUGUGUAGAAUGACUUGUCUCGUGUUGUAACUAUAGAGUAGCAGCUGUUCUGUGUAGCUUUGUAUGGCUUAGUGUGUGUUUGGCCUCGACAUUUAGAAACAGGGUUAUUUACCAGUAAGCAAUAAACAAAUGCUCAUUUUUCUCAGCAGUUAAGAGUGAAACCUUGAAUUGUGUUCAUGCGAUGCAUGAGAAAACAAGAGCAGUUGUUCCACAAGUUGUUACUUGGUUUCAAUUUGUCAAAAAAAAAUCACUAUAACGUUAAAUAUAUGUGGCUAAAUUCAAGUGAGAAGACAGACAGAUUUUGAUUCUUAGAUUCUGAUUGGUUCGUGGAAAUCCCUGACGACUCCUUUUCCACCAGUGUUGCUUUAACUUUGGCAGAAAAUAAUGUAUUCAUGUACGCCGGACCCAUUCAUUUAUAGUACUUAAAAAGCUGAUUAACUUCUUCAACCCCACAGGUGGGUCUGUCAUUACAAACUGAUUGAAUUUCUGGGGGAAUGUGCUUAAAUGCUGCACAAUAAAAUUAGAAUAAUUCCAAGAAAAACAUGUUGGGUUUGAAACAUUUCUCUCAAUGUAAACAUCAAAUAGCUUUGAUGAAGAGUUAAAAAAACUUGAUACAGAAUAUAAGUCAGACAAUCUACUGAAGAGGAAAUAUGAGCAGCUGAUACUGAUCACAUAUUGUUAUUGUGUACCGUAGUUGCUUUUUAGUCUUUGUGAGAGUGGUUUGCAUGCUAUCAAGAGAAACAUGCAGUGUGGACAUUAGUCAGGUAUUCUGAUUUCUGUGAUGAAAACAUUGAUUCAGUGAGAGAAUCGGUCAGCUAGAAGAACAGCAUGAAGGUUCGGGUGUUAUCAUGGAUCAGCUUUAUGUGUAGUUCUGUGUACAGCUUGAAUUCUGGGAUGCAUAGUUGUUUUUAAGGUAGUUUUGUAUUUCACGAGUCUGAACCUUGGUUGUUCUGAAGCUCCCACCCAUCAACUGUCUCAGCCAAUCAGAGAAUUCCCUUCUCCUCUCAGUCAGUGUGAUGCUACCUUUCACAGCUUGUCUGCCCGGCAUCAGUGGGUGUCUGUAUGCACUGUAUGUGUGUGUAUGUGUGUAUUAACAUAGAACCGGUCCAGCCAGCAAAGUGUGUGUGUGUGUGUGUGUGUGUGUGUGUGUGUGUUUCUGGAGCAGGUUUGUGUGUUUUUACUUUGAGGUCUAUGGAAACUGAUGACUGCAUGUUGCCUUAUCAAGCAUUCUCUGACAUUCACAUGCAUAUAGAUUACACUUGACACUACACUUGUACCAACACACGCAGCACACUCCAAACAACACACAAUCACAAUUCCCACCUUAAAUACACAAACACAAAAUCACACACCAUGUUUAAGUUGGCAUCAAAGCAGACUCGCUGAUUUUAUAAACAGUACCAGUGAAAUUAAAAAGGUUUUGGUUGAAAUCAA